AUGAAAUUCUUUACUGCUUUUUUUACUUUAACCUUAUUGGCUACAUUAACUUGUGGAAAGAUAUUGAAUUCAAACAUCAAAGUUUUACUUAUUGCUGGAUCUAGUAGUUGGGAAAAUUAUAGACAUCAGGCUGAUAUUGGACAUGCUUAUAAAACUUUGGUUGAAAGAAAUAUAGCAAAAGAAAAUAUUGUUGUUUUUGCUUAUGAUGAUAUUGCUAAUAAUCCAAUGAAUCCAUUUCCAGGAAAAAUAUUUAAUCAUCCAUCAUUGAAGGAGGAUGUUUAUGCUGGUUUAGAAAUUGAUUAUAAAGGUGAUGAUGUUAAUGAAAAUAAUUUCUUAUGUGCUUUAUCUGGUGACAAAUCUUGCCUUAAAGGUGUUGGUACUGGAAGAGUCGUUGAAUCAACUGAAAAUGAUGAUGUUUUUGUUUAUUAUGCUGAUCAUGGAGCAUAUGGAAUUCUUGGUCUUCCUAAUGGUGUUAUACAAAGGGAUAAUAUUAUGGCAACAUUAAAUAAAAUGAAUCAAGAUAAAAAAUUUAGAAAACUUGUAUUCUACAUAGAAGCUUGUGAAUCAGGAUCAAUUUUUGAAAAUCUUGAAACUGAUGUAAAUAUUUUUGGAGUAACUGCUAGUUUUGGUAAUGAGUCAUCAUAUGCUGCAUAUUGUAGUGGUGAUCAUGGAUUACCAUGUUUAGGUGAUGAAUUUUCUGUUAAUUGGAUUGAAAAUUCACAAGUAGAUUAUGAUGAGAAAUAUCUUAUAAAAAAUCAAGUUGAUACUGUUAAAACAAAAACAUUGAUGAGUCAUGUACAAAGAUAUGGUGAUUGUGAAAUUCCAAAAGAAGAAUUAAAAGAUUUUCAAGGAGAAUUUAAUUGUAAUCACACAAAAUCAUCAAGACCUAAAGUAGGUAGAUAUGAUACAAACUACUAUCCAAUGGUGUCAUCAAGAGAUGCUGAUAUGAAGUAUUACCAAAAUAUGAUUAAUAGUAAUUUACACAUUAAAUUAAGACUAAAUGCAAUGUUAUCACUAGAAAAACUUGAAAAAACAAAAAGAAAUAAUGCUAAUAUAGUUAAAAAAAUAACUGAUACUCUUGAUUUAGAUUUUGACAUACUUCAAAAUCAAAUACCAGUAUAUAAUAAAAUAACAGACGAGAAACAUAAUAUUUUAUUUAAACACAUUCAAAUGUCAUGUGGAAACAUUGGAAAAAAUACUGAUAUGAUGAAGUAUUCCAAGUUAUUUUAUAACAUUUGUUCUCUGAAUAUUGAUAUGUCAGAUAUCUUAUCAGCAAUAUCAUUUGCUUGUCAACAAUAA